UUCACACGGGUCAGGUUUGGCACAGCGGCUGUGAGAAUAGGCACCUGUUGGCGCAAAGGUGACAUGACAAACACAGCGCAAAGCUGCUGACUCCUCUCACGUAUCGCUGCAGCUGAAUCCAGAACUAACUUUGGAGUUUAAGUUAUUUGGAUGUGGCAAGCCAACUGCAGACGAAUGCUGAGUUUAACGAACUGGAUAUCUGAGACAGUCAUGGGCGGGUGUGUAGGGAGGGAUCAGCUGGACGGACCAGGGCCUGCCAGGAACUCUACAUGGAGCAAAAAACGAGGAGGACGCAAUGAGCCCCUGAAGAAGGAGUGCCCUAAAUGGAAGAGUGAGUACCCUAUGACUGAGGGCCAGCUGAGGAGUAAGAGGGAUGAGUUUUGGGACACGGCUCCAGCCUUUGACGGCAGGAAGGAGAUUUGGGACGCGCUCCGAGCGGCAGCAGUGGCUGCAGAGGUGAACGACCUGGAACUGGCUCAGGCCAUAGUGGACGGAGCCUGCAUCACACUACCACACGGUAUGCUGACAGAGAGUUAUGAUGAGCUGGGGAACRGCUACCAACUUCCUGCCUACACUCUAGCCCCUCCCACCAACCUCAUCACUGAAUGCACCAAUGAGAGCCAAGCUCCCAAUCUAAAGGAGCAGAAAAAGCCUCCCCCUCCUCCUAAAGAGGAGUUCCAGCUACGAGUACGUCUCUCGUGCGGUAAGGACCUACGUAUAAGCGCCUCCAUGUCAGACUCCAUUUCCCAGCUGAAGACAGCCCUGGAGGGGCAGGAGGACAUUGAAGCGGCCCACCAACGCUGGUUCUUUGCAGGGAAACUGCUAACAGAUAAGACCCGGCUCCAGGACACUAAGAUACAAAAAGACUUUGUGGUCCAGGUCAUCGUGAACAACUACUCACCCGUAACCAAACUCAUACCAAACUGAGAGAAAGAGAGAGAGGUGGCGCAAGGCCUUGUUUCACUCCUCUGGAAGUUAAGCACACCAGGGUUGUGUUCAUUAGCGCACACUGUAGGGAAACGUUUUGCAACAGAAAACAAACAUGUUUUUAUUGUACAUGUUCAGAUAGUUCCUCCAAGUUUCGGACCACUUUCUUACAUUUCAUGUCUAGUGGACACGACCCUGGACUGUUGGUUACUGCAAAGGAAUUUGGGGUAUAAUAUUUGAUAAUUAGUUUACGUUUGCUUUUGUAUUUCCUAUCCUCUUUUUGUAUUUCCCAAUAUUUUCCAAAUAAUCCCACAUUGUUAAUUUGUGUAUUUUCACUCCGUAUGUGUAGCCUGGCAAAGAACUGACAAACUYUAGACUGAACUGGAAAAGAAUCAUGGCAUGAGGAGAAUUUACUACAGUACCUGUCUGUCUACAGAUUAUCCACUACCAUUACACCUCUGUCCCCGACAGUAUAUCAAUUAUUUUCCUUGUGAGUAUGUCCUUGUGUUCAUCUGGAACUUUGAACUAUGAAUAGGGUUGGACAGUGGAAAGUAUCCUGCCUGACGAUACAAAUAUUCUAUUGGAUCUCUAUUUAUACUGAAAGCCAUUCUAUUUGUAUUAUUUCUAUUGUCUGAUUGUUACAUAAUGGUAAAGAAGAAUAUUGACAGAUUUAUGAAAUUAUGUUUACAUACUGUUUCAAUGCUUGUUUAAUUGUGAAUAUUUAUAUAUUUAAUAAGCAGAAAUGUAUUUUUAAGUGAAAAUGUUCAUGAAAAGUCAACAAUGUGAUGAACAAGUGAAAAUACUGGUUUAUAAGGUGGAAAUAGCUGAUUUGAUUUUCUCUAUUUUUCCAACCAGGUAUGGAUAACAUGCUGUAGUUUUGUAUGCUCCAAAGUGCACUAAAAGUGGAUGAAU